AGGGCGGGUCCCCCGAUGACGUUGCCCUGCGUGCGCCCCAGCUCCAGCUCCAGCUCCUGCUCCAGCUUGCUGCGGGCCGCAAACGAGCACGUCCACACGUCCAGGAUGGGGGUCCUGGCCGGUGCCCGCGGAGUGCUCGGGCUACUGCUUGGCACCGCCACGGGCCUGGGACUCCUCUGCGCCAUCUACAUCCACCGGAGGCGACGGCCCCGGGCCCUCGUCGGGAGCCAGGGCCUGCCCAACUCCCUGGGCUACACCCGGACCUCAGAAUCCCACCUCCAGGCAGCUGCGGCAGCGCGGCCACGACGCGCGGUCCCGGGGGAGGCGGGCGACGCGGAGUCGCUGCCCUGGCCCCCGGGGGUGAGGCCGGAGCUGGUGCUGGACCACCUGGACCUGGUGGUGAGCGGCCUGAGCGAGCUGCGGCGGGAGGUGGAGGAGUUGCGCGGCAGCCUGCCGAGCCUGGCCCGGGAGAUCGUGGGCGAAGUCAGGUCCCACCUGGAGGCCCAGAGAGGACCUCGACGUCGGCGCUUCCUCUUCCACCGCGAGAGGAGCGACUCUACCGGCUCCAGCUCCAUCUACUUCACCGCCAGCUCCGGCGGGGCCCUGACCGACGGGGAGAGCGAGGGCGGCUACACCACGGCCAACGCGGAGUCCGAUUAUGAGGGCGGCCAGACGGAGGGAGAGAGCGAGGACGGCGGCGAGGCGGGCGAGGCCGCGGGCGAGGCCAGCGACGAGGAGACGAGGGACCAGCUGGGGCCGGCGGCAGGGCCGUCCGCGGGGGACGAGGAGCUGGGCCAGCUCCUGCAGCAGGCGGAUGAGCUGCACCAGGGCAGCGAGCAGGACAGGAGGGACGCCUUCCAGCUGCUGCUCGACAACAAGCUGGCGUAUGGUGACCGGCAGGACUUCCUGUGGCGGCUUGCCCGGGCCUACAGCGACAUGUGUGAGCUGACGGAGGAGGCAGACGAGAAGAAGUCAUACGCGGUGGGCGGGAAGGAAGAGGCCGAGGCCGCCCUGCAGCUGGGGGAGGAGAACCCCGAGUGUCACCAGUGGUAUGCAGUGCUGGGCAGCCAGGUGGGUGAGCACGAGGGCAUCCAGAAGCGCAUCCAGAGCGGCUUUGUGUUCAAGGAACACGUGGACCGAGCCAUCUCCCUACAGCCGGACAACCCCAGGUCGCACUUCCUCCUGGGCCGAUGGUGCUACCAGGUGGCCCAUCUGAGCUGGCUGGAAAGGAAGACGGUAUCAGCCCUGUACGAGAGUCCCCCCACUGCCUCUGUCCACGAUGCCCUGCAGAGCUUCCUGAAGGUGGAAGAGUUGAAGCCGGGCUUCUCCAAAGCGGGACGGGUGUACAUCUCCAAGUGCUACAAGGAGCUGGGGAAUAACACAAUGGCCACUCAGUGGCUGAAACAGGCGCUGGAGCUGCCGGACAUCACCAAAGAGGACUGGGCCUGCCACGAGGACCUGGAGGACCUGCAGGCCACGCUCACCUAUUAAGCACAUUCCCGACAUCCCAGCGGCGGAACGGGGCUUCACCCGCGGCUCCUUCUCCCGGCCGGAACGAGGCAGGGGUCGGGAGCCCUGGAACGACCUGCUGCCUCACUCCCCUUCCAGGCCCUGGCCCGGCAAAGCCAGCUGGUCCUCCGCAUCCCGGGGGGGGGUGAAGGGGGAGAGCGGCGGCAGCUCUGCAGGGGAGGAGGAGGAGGGACUUUCCCCAUCUUGGAGUCCGAGCCAACAGCUGGCUUUUGCUCCUUUACCCCUUUCACUGAUGUGUCCCAGACAAUGUGAAGGCCCCUCUGGCUCGCCGGGGAAGGGGGUGGCCGGCGUGGAGGAGGUCGCCGUCCUCGGCGCUGGCCAGCCGAGCCCCGGGGCGGAAACCUGGAAUAAAGUAAGGUGAAGGACCAGGCA